AUAGCCGUAUGGGUCCUCGAUUCUUACUGUACCCAGGUGGGAGACGCACCUCAAACGCUCAUCUGGCUCCCCGAUCCGAAAAGAUCCCAUAACACUCUCCAGAUCUCUAAUAAUUCACUCCUCGGCACACUUUCCGAACUGCGGACACUACACGGCACUCCGCUUAUAGGACCACAAAACACCCACGCACCGUACCUCAACCUUUCCACUCACCAGAUCCUGAUACAACCCGCAACAGCAUACCCUCCUGCACUACCACGCGAUCCACACCCCCACUCGCUCUCCAUCAUGCCACGGCGGAUGUCAGCGGCGGCCUCGGCAGCCAACUUGGGCGGCAAUCUGGGCGACGGCCGAAAAGCUUAUACGUCGUAUUUCAAUGCGACAGGACAUCCCUCUACGCCUUAUACGACUUAUGUGGACAGGCUCUUUCAAGAAACGAUGCACAAACUUGGCAAGCGCAACACAGACAAAGAAAACAACGAAUUUGUCGUUACCCCCGCCUUAUGUCGAGAAGCGGCACUGACAGCCUCAGUAACACCCAAACCCAACCACGCAUCCGCCAAAUCACGAAGACCGCCAACGCAACCGGAUGACGAAUGCCUCCGCUACACAACCCGCCAAAACCUACCCCCACGCGCAAAGUACAACCAGCCUGUCACCGCCGCGCAAAGCUACGGGUGGGAAAGCGCUCCAUUCAUAACGACACAAACACCCUUCUCCUACCGCCCGCGCCGCACGACGGAGGUGACGACGACGUAUGGGCCCAGUACAUCGAUUUUUAGUCCGAGGGCGAGGGGAGAGGGUGGUGGGUUUGGCAGUGCGGGCGCGGGGGUCGGUGGUGGGAGGGUCAGGGUGCGGUGAGCUAGCGGGGGACAUACGAUGGAGAGUGAGAUUAGAAAGGAGUGUUGGAUUGAAUAGGGAAUGUAUGGUUCGCAGUUUGCCUGGGGCGUAAUUGUGACGAUAGAGGCGCGGUGUCGUGCAAGAGAAUGUA